AUGGUUCUCAACCUUCUAUCCCGCUCAGCGGAUUCAUCGAUCUCAGCCGGAAAGCGAAACAUUGCCAUUGCAGAGAUUGUGAUAUUUUCAUUUAUUCAUAUCGUUCAGUUUAGUGCAAGGUUCAUGCAAGAACAGCGGUACUGGCACCACAACAAGAAUAAAAGUAUCGGACGAUGCGUUCUCUACUCUUGGUGGAGUAUGGUCGGUCUUUUGUCGCAGAUUCGCAUCGCUGGCUCAGCCUUGGUGCUCGCCACAUCCGCUAACUCGCACCCGGACAAGCCAAUGCUGAUCGCGGCAUCUAUUUUGCAAAGCGUAGGCCUUUCGCCCCUUAUGUUCGAAGUAAGCCUCGUUAUGUUAAGAAGUGGACAAUCCGGAGAAACUGGACCCGGAAAAUCGAAAUGGACCAAGUCGAUUCGCUUUGCGCUGCACUUCUUCCGCUUCCCCAUUUUCAUAGCCAUUGUUCUGGCCGUGGUGGGAGGGAGUAUCAAUAUGCACUCGUUGGGCGAGGCUGGAUCCAUUGUUCUGGUGGUCACUUUCGCCUAUGUGUGCGGUCUGGUCGCGUGGCUUGCAGUGAAAUCCCGAUCAAUUCUUCCUAAGUCUGGUCACCACGCGGUGCUGCUGACAGUGUUGACUCUGCCCUUCUUGCUGGUCCGAAUUAUUUAUUUCCUGUUGUUGGAGUAUGGCCCCCCUAGGUUCAACCCCGCAAAUGGUGACGUUGGAAUCUUGAUUGGAAUGGGCCUUUUGAUGGAGAUCAUCAUUGUCGUCCUGCUAUUCAUAGCUCGGGCAGUUGCGGAGCCUGUUUGGCCAUCAAUUUUUGCCAAGCGCAUCGCGUACGACGACCUAGAAUCACCUGUAAAUUGA